UACAUGAUUUUGACAAAUAUUCACAGUUUGCUUUCUUGCUCUAAAGAACUUUGUACGAAGUUAUUUGUCAAUACAUAUACUCACCGCACCAGCAAAAAUGCAAAACUUUCUCGCGAUUUGUCUUAUACUAUCUUUAGGGAUAGUAUUUUGUAACAGUGCAUGUAUAUGUGGAGAUAAACCAUUCUGCAGGCAUCCUGAACGCUGUGAACAAUUCUACCAAUGCACUCCAGGAGGGCAGUAUUUAAUGAAAUGUGGACCAGAGUUAUAUGUUACUGAUACGUUUAACUGUGAUAUAAAGGAGAAUGUCCAGUGUAAUUCAACUUGCGGUGGAAAGAAUCGUGUGGAAGACUUGUACAAUUGCGGACAAUACAUCCAAUGUCUUAAUAACCGACCAGUCGGAUCAGUUGGAACGUGCAACCCCGGCAAUCGCUUUGACGAAACUCUGGGGAGCUGUGUCGCAGAUAGUAACUGCCCUGAAGUUAAUAAUAACGCUCAAUGCUCUGAUCUUUUUAAGACCAGUAACACUAAAGGAAAAUAUUUUCAGAAAGAUGGAGAAAACUGGAUAGAGAAAACAUGCUCAGGAAACUUGCUCUUUAAUAUGACUACAUGCACAUGUCAGGAUUCUUACAACUACACAACUACAGUGUCGCCAUGUUUAAACAUAACUCUUCCUUUGGAAUUCAACCUAUUAUCACUUGGCAAUAACUAUUAUGUACAAGGCAUUAAUGUAGAUUUCAUUAAUGCAGCAUAUUUCAACGGCUCUUCAAGUUUAGUAAUUCCUGCUCUAGCUAAUAAUGAUCUUGGUGACUAUUUUGUCAUGACGUUGAAUAUUAAACCUGCCGCCGUAAUAUCAGGAAGACAAGCCUUAGUAAGCAACAACCAAUGUUCAGAUAAUGGAACAUACAACUUAUACUUAGUAGGCCCGAAUGUCUAUGCUUCAAUAACAUUACUUGACAAUUCUGUAGAGACGUCUUAUCAAUUGACAAGUAGUUCGACAAUUUCCAACGUAUGGAACACGAUCAUCUUUAAGAAGGAAGGAACUUUAUUUGAACUUAUCGUUAACGGUGUGUCUAACAGCGUGAAUGUUGCAGGAAGAAUUCUGACAAAUGACACUUUCAGCAUUCAGGGCUCUAGGAAUCCGACAAUCCAAGAAAAAGGAGUCCGCUGCCUUGGUAAAAGUUACGACUAUACAGUUAAGUAUAUUAGCAACUUUGAAGACGCCAAAUCUCAACUAGCCAACUGGCUAAGGGUAGUUGAUAAAAGCCAGCAACAUGGAAGAUUUUUAAGUAUGGUGCUUCCAGUAUGGCAUCAUACCCAAACUGGAAUGACCAUUUUUGCUUCAAGACUUUUCCAUGACUUGAAUAAAGGAAAUGGCAAGGCCAUGCAGCAAGUUCGUGCGAAGGUGUUGCUCGUUCCCCCAAAUUUCAGCUCAGUCAAUCUGUGUAGCAAGACCUCUAAGCUCCGCCUACCCAUUUCAUCUGUGACGGAGGAAUUCAAAGUCACAAAAGCAAGAGCAAUUCCUACAUUGUUUCUGUCUAAGGAUGAGAAAAUCAGACUCACCAGCUAG